CAUAGGAUUUCGCAGUAGGGGGUACACAAGAAUACGUCACAUUUUGUGUUGUGCCCAUUAUAUUUUCAAUCAAACUCGAAUGGAUGGCUGCGUUUAAAAGCCGCAGAUGAUCAACAUGGCGACACGAACUGGCACAAGUGCAUUUCACCUUUGCUGCUUCAUCUUUCUUUGCUUUCUGGCUCAGGGUAAGCAGUCUUAAGUGAUUAAUUUUUGAUUUGUGCUUUCAUGAAAGGUGUGAAUCUUCGGAGCAUGAACAAAUAUGAACCCGCUCUAUUUCAAGGCGGCAUGAAGUCGCAUUCGUCUGUAAACGCCUCGGGAAACCUUAUUGAGAGUCGCUGCGAUUUUUUUUUUCGCUCGGAAAUCUAAUCUGGUAUCGAAAGCUAUCGCAUGUAGCUUCUUGUUGAAUCGUUUGGGUGCGAAAAUUGGAUUGUAAUCGGCAUAACGCAUAAAAGUUCAGCUGAACGAGUGUUGUUAAUCGACGCGGACACGCAUCAUACAUUCUAGUUUGCCCCACGCAACGUAUUUAGUCGAUAUGUUUCACGACAUAGCUUUUAAAAGGUGAUAUCAAAAUAAUUGGCAAAAUUCGAAGCGUUUAUAACGUUUUAUACCGGUUUGCAGAUCAUACGAGCCACGAAGUUAUUUCUGCAAGCGCGCCAAAACACGGCAGCUCCGGCCCUCGUGUUGUGGGGUGAUGUUUUUCGCGUAGCAAGUUCACAUGCAUUAGUAGUUUUGGUUCAUCUGAAAAUGCACUUUGCACUAAAUUUUUGUGAAGGUGCUUUAAUGAUCUUGUGGUACAGCUAAUAAUAUCGCGUUUUUGUUAAAUCGGGUGUUCUCUUUAAAAGCUUCACAUAGUAAUGACCGUGUUUAUUUCUUGCUCUAUCCGUCAAGUCGGAUCUACAAUUUCAUGCAAAUUGAGACUCUGUUGCACUAUAUUACUUUCAUCGCUCAUUUUUUUAAGCGCAUUUUUGUGGAAACUCCCAGACAUUGUGGCUGUAGUCCCUCGAUCUCUGGAAGCUGCCGGACGCCAGGAAGAUGAAUAAAAUUUUGACUUUUGGUGACCAUAUUAUAUUGCAUCCACAAUAUCGUUAUCGUUAAAUUCAUCCUACUCACGUUCUCGUGUACAGCAAAUUGAUCCAUUUUGCCUUGCUUUAUAUCUUUCUUCCUCAAACAGUAGCUUGUUAGUUCUUUUACAAAUUAAAUCUCGCCUAUAAAAGUGCUUUUGUUUUGAACUAAAACUUAUAGUUUACGCGUGGCCAGUUUGUAACACGGUAUUAAACGAACACUGGAGGAAAAUCACUUAACGUAAAACUCCUUUAACUACUUCGAGUAGUUCUUUUGUCCGACAAUAAGAAAUUGAAAUUUUUAGUCUGUUAAUAGAGUACUUUUUCAAAACGUACGAGCAAAUACAAACACGUCUUUGUCUUCUGCGAGUUAAAAUCGUAUGUUAUGUAAACGUUGGAACUUGACGUAAUUGCUAAGAGUCGAAAUUUCAGUUUUUUGCUAUAAAAAGUCGUUUUUAUAGAACAAUUUAUUUUCCUUUUUUUAAGUAUUUAAAAAACAACGAUUAAAUAACCGUUUCAUUCCACUUUAAUUUUGGUUUUGAAAUGAUUCGGAACUAAAUAUCAUUUGUCAUUUGGUACCCACACUUGUCGUCGCCGAUCAUCUUCGCGAAAAAGGAACUUCCUCAUGAACUGCGAGUAAACUGUGCAAAGGAAGCAUGCACUGUUUAGUUGCUUCGUAUUUGCUUUCUCACAAUUUUAAGUGCAUUAUGGAUUAAUCGUUAGUUUUCUAAGCAAAUAUGAAUUGUUGUAAAGUGUCUAUAGUUUGCAAAAGGACGACAAAGUUGUUACGAGUUUUAAUUUGGUUGAAAGAAAAAACUCUUAGAUUCUUUUCUUAUAACCCUAAUUACUGUUUUCUCGUAGAUUUGGGCGAAGUUUUCAAUUAUAAAGUAGUAUUUUUGUUAUUGUGUCUGUACAUUUAACUAUACAUGUCUGCAUUUCUAUUUUCUUUUAUGUUCAUUGAUCUUUUGUAGAAUUACAGUACAGCUUGAUCUCUAAUUAAUAGCUUUCGCUUCUCAAAGUACAACGUAAGUUGUUAUUAAAGAAGUGAAUCAUAUUUCUUUAAUAAGUAUUAUAAUUAUCAUACACGCCAAAAAGGAAAUCUGGAAAUUCUGCCUUAUGGUUUCCCUAGUACAUAAAUGUACAAUAUUCAUUUUUUAGUGACCAUGGUGUUUCAAAAAUUAUUUCGAUGUAAGUUUCAUUUAUAUCUGUCUUAUCUCACUUUGGAGACCUUCAAUUGUAGCUAACAGGACUCUCCAACAUAUUUUAAAGUCAAAUAAUUGUAAAGCCAGGUGUUUCAUUUAUUUAUUACUCCCUAAAAACUGAUAACCAUAUAGAUUAUUUUUACCAGUUAGAAAAUACCAUUAUUAGCAUAACCUUGAAAAUAAUCAUAUUGAACUCUUAACUUCAUGUUAGAGUAGCUAAUCAGUAAUGUACCCGUAUAUUUCCUCCACUAAUCAACCAUAUUUGCUAUUGAAUUUUUUUGCAUUGUUUCUGCUUUACUUUAUCAAAAUAACACAGUGGUGCAUUGUUUAAAUCAAUUAUAUUGGCCUCAUUCCCAAUUAGCGUGUUGUAUACCAUGUGUCCUCUACACCUUAUUGUUUUGGUGUACAAUAGUGUAAGCUCUUCUGUACAGACUAAUUCAAAAGUGAAUUAAAAUUAUACAGAUUAAAUGUGGGGCAGCUGGUGGCAAAAUAAUGUAUGUCUUUUUUUCCAGUUCCAUUUUGGUGCCUUUGAAAAUGAUAGUUUACAUGUUUGAAACUAAAUACUAGGUCAUUCUUCAAACUCAUGAAGUUGUUCAAUAUUAUUGGCAGUACCUUAGAGGUAAAAACGCACUUAGUUUUAUCAAGAUCAAAUACUGACCUUUGUUAUUGCAAAAUUAAAAUUGUUAUCCGUCUUGCUUUGCCUCCCUGAGUUUUUAGACUACCCUCUUGUAAUCUUAAGUAUAAUGCCCUUGUGCUAAUUGGAAAAUCUGAAAAAUGAGUGUACCUCAAAGAAACACAUACACUGUAACAGUGAAAAAUAUAUAAUUCUUUUAAGGAUAACCUUUAAUUUAAAACUUGAACAGCCACUCACAGCAAAACUGAUUGAUAUUUUUGAUGUGAAAUAUUAUGUUGUUAAUUUUGACUUAUCAAGACUGUUCAUAAAUUCAUGAUGUUCAGUGUUUUUAUGUGCAAUAAUACUGCUGCAAUACUAUACAAUAUGGAAUCAUUGUACAUCCAAUAUGCAAGCCUCCCACGAUGGUAGCCUUAGAACCUCUCAGAGAUGAGAUCUUUGGAGACAGAUCAGUGUUGUUCAAUGCAGAAGUUACAUGUAGAGAUGUUAUUGUAGUAUAAGAUUUCAUUCAGAGUUUUAAAAAAUGCUCUUUCAUAAAAAACUAAGAUAUUGAUGUGCCCUUAUCAGGUUUAUGUGGAAUUUAGUUUUGUUACUUGAAAAGCAUAACUGGUGUGUAAUUUUGUGGACAGAGUUCAAGCAGCUUUGAAAUUAAAUGACUUGGGGAUAUAAUUUAUAUAUUCAUUUGUACAGCUGCUCUUUUUCACAGUGAAACAAAGUAUUAGUAGGCUUAUUUAUGAAAUCGUUCUGUUUAGAAACGUGUAUACUUUGGGUCCAUGUGUUGGGGCAAGACAAACAUAAAUACACCUGUAAAACAGUUUGCCUUUUAAGUUAGAACAUGCUUGUUAGGAGUUGUGCGUAAUAACUGUUCAGGGUGGUUGAUGUAAUGGUGAGUGGCUAUUUUGCUACAUUGUUACUUAGUAAAUAUUCUGCUUCACAAUGCACUGUAUCUUGAUCAUUCAACCAACAGUACUUACAGUAAAUUGGAUAAAUAAGUUUUGCUGGUAAUGUAUCAAUAAAAAUCUUUAUGGCCAUAUGGCCUUUUCUGCUCCAUAGUUGGGGAAGUCAUGAUAAGACAAAGAUGCCUUUUAAAGAGCUUGCCCUUUUAAACUUCCUAACUUCACCAUCCUUUUACAGCAAUGUACUCUUAAUAUAAGGCCUUGAAACAAAUGAUUUCUGUAGAUCAGUGCAAACAGAAAAUUGCAGAUUUAGUUGUUUUUUCAAAGAGAAUAAACUCUAUGUCCAGGUGGUACUUGAUGAUCAAUCUUUAUGGGUUGGGUUAAGCUAUUGGAAGUCUAAGAAUGCAUUAAUUGACAAAAUUAAUAUAUUGCUUGCUUGACUUGAGUUUAAAAUAAUAGUGUUGAAGAAUUAUAAUGUUGCAGUAGUUAUCUAUCAGUAAGCGUAUGUCUUAUGGCUUUACAAUAAUGUAAUUUGUGUUAAACUCUGAUCACAGUCAUAGCCAUUAUGCCAAAUUCCUUUUUUCUUGUUUUCAUUUUCCACAACUUAAUGUUAGUCCAUUUGUUAAUACAAUUAUACAAGAGUUUGCAUUUAAUUAGUUUACUGGUGAUUCUUAUGCUUUGUGGGGGAACCAUUGAUAUUAGUAUAGUGUAGUGUAAUAUACACUGUACCUUGACACGUAUACAUAUAUGUUGGACUAUCGUUGUAUGGUUGUUGGCAUGUUCAUGCACUAAUAAUAGUAAUGAUAAUAAUAAUAGUUUUAAAAAUACUUAUAAUAAUGAUAAUAGAUAAUAAUAUUAAUAAUAAUGAUUAGCAUGCUUACAAUAAUAUAGCAAUAAAAUAUUGCAAUUCUUAUUUACUGGUGUACAUGUACUUAUUUAUCAUCGAGAUAGUAAAUUUAAAUACCAAGGUUCCUUUUUAUUACACAUACAGGUUAGUAUGUAAGUGUUCUUUGGGUAAUAGCUUGGGGGGUAGUUAUGUUAUGCUUACUAGGUUGAUAUUGGAACUGUUUUACUUUAAGUGUUUAAUUACUAAAUUCUACACUGUAUAUCAGCUUCAUCAGGGAUAACAACUUGACUAGUGCUUUAUCAAGUAGCAUCGUCAGUGCAAUUUAAACAGGUGGUAUGGGUUGGAUGAUAAGUGCCAGUUCAGUGGAUUCUUUAUUAGUAAUGUUAUAUUAUGUAGCUAUGUUGUAGGUACAUGUAAAAUCUGUUCUCAGACUAAGCCAGUGUUCAUUCAAGCUUUUUUUCCAACCUUAGUCAUUCAUUUGAGACCAAGGAAAUUCACAACUUAACCUUUCUUCACAACUUACAACUUAACUGUCAGAUAUAGACAGUUUAAGUUACAGCAUGUUUUGCCUUUGCUUCUAGUUUUUAGCCAGUCAGAAAGAAUGGUAGCCCAAAACCAUAGCAGUGAAUACAAAAUCCCUCAGUCAAGAUUUUAGUUUUGUGCUCAUUGGUUGCCUCUUGGACAACCCAAUCUGCUGAGGCAUUAGUCCCCAAAGAGAAAUAAACAUGACAGCUUUUUUCCUUGGAAGGGUUCAUGAUACCUAAAAGUUAGUUGAACACAAAACAAAUGCGGGAAAAAAUGUACUCUGAACACAUUGUUUGGCUUGAAUGAGCCUGUGCAUUAAUCAGCAGUUUAUGUAUGUAAACAUAGUCCAGGAUGCACUACUGUGAGAUGUGCUCCACAUUGCCGCCAUGUUUUUCCCUGUCUGUCUCCCAUAGCCUGGUGAUUCUCUGUUUACUUGUAAAAUAGAAAAUGUACGAGCCUCCUCUACUGCUUCAAUUUGGAAUCCAUGACAACAGAUGAAACUACAGCAGAUUAGAGGUGUAAGAAUUAGAAAGCUAAAAAAAAAGUGUGCGUUAUCAGACAUUUUAAGAUUCAUGGAGGAUUUCUUUGAAUGGGUGUAAGAAAGAACGGGGUGAGCAGGAGGGAGUCUCCUUCCCAUGCCCUGUUCUUUUUGCAUAACACUUCCAAGCGAGGACUUCGCAAUCACGGCUGCAAUUUGUUCUGAAAGAAAACGCUAUGUUUUGUAGUUAUGGCAGAUGGUUUUCAAAAGAUAAAUCCACAUUUUAAAGCCAAACAGGUAGCAACAGUUUUCGCCUUGAUGGGAUAAAAAACAAAACAAGUGAGGCACAUUUUAUUGUGAACAGGAAUGCUGUUUAAAGCCUGAAGUCUCACUUGUUUGGAGAUUAGAUAAGAAAUCAGAUGCUCUAAAAACAUCAACUCGACCAUUCUUGGAGAUAAGAUAAGAAAUGAGGAGGCAAUUAAUUCUUAAGGGGCGUGUGUCUGAUGGGUGUGUAAGCCAUAAGGACUAUGUGCGGAAGGAGGAAAAAAAUGCUAGCUAGCUAGGUUACACAGUAACCAUUGACUGCCUUUAGUGUAUAUAAUAGUCAGAAACUUCGAAAGCCUUCCUUUUUAAAACUGGAAAAAUAUUGUAAUGUUUCAGUUGGGUAACAGAAUUUGCACCGAUUUGCAAACCAUUAAUUAUUAUUUAUUUAUUUGCCUCAAUAAAAACUAUGAGAUUGCUCAAACAUGAUUUUUUGAUGAAGUUAAAUUUUAGCAAUGAAAGGAACACCACACUGUGGACGCCCUUCUUCUGCUUCUUAAUUCUCUUGUGACGUUUCCUUGUCAUGCCUUGUGUUCUGUUGUUAUCCGUCGAAAUCAAGAGAAUACUAAGCUGCUAAAAAUGCAAUCAUCAUAGUAUACUGUAAUUUCAAGGAAUCUUCUACAAUCAAAGGCAAUAUGAAGCGAAGAGGCUAGACCUUGGGAAUCUAUGACACCAAGGAAACAUCAACAAAGACAUCAGUAUUUAAAAUAAAAACACAUCUCUCAAACUAGUAGAAAAGUAAUACACUAAUUCCAGUUUGUAGACUAGUAGAUUCUAUUGGAAAUGAAGUCCUGUAAGCAGAGUGCAUGACCGUUAGGUACAAAGCUACCGGUAAUGCAUCUGUGACACAGGUGAUGAAUAGUUUAAGGUUAGCUUAGUCGUUGAUUUCUCAUUUUGUAAAGUGCAACGCGACCUCACGUCUAACAUCGAUUAACAACUGCGAAAAUCUAUCAUUACAUACCACAAGGUGAAUCUGCGAUAAAACAUCGAUUUAUGGGAAUUUAAAUUCAAAUUUGAACUCUUUGCCUUUGCAACAGCGUGGCUUCCUACAGGAAACAGGAUUUCCUCGGUUUUAGUUUUUCACGCCCUUUUUAAUUGACAGUCCAGUAAUCUAAAUCGUUUCAAUCAUUGCCGAAAAUAAACCCAAUGCUCAUCACAAGACUCAUUUGCAUACAAUGAAUGUUUACACAGCCUCACCAUCAUUUUUGCUCAUCUAAGACUCUUCUGUUUUUCAAGUUCCAAAGUAAUCAACACUUUGAAGCAAUAGAAUUCGUGGACCAACUUGUUCAGGAAAAUCUCUAUAUCUUUCGCAUUAAUCUUCCCUGCAUGGCUUUCAUCAUGCCGAGACACUUAUCCCCAGUUUUCACCGUCCCUGCUGGGAAUGCCUGGGACCGAAUUUGGGGCCCACAGACAAGAAAAGAAACAUUUGCAUUUUCUGAAUCUUACCGCUAUUUAAAGCGAAAAAGACUAAAAACUAAUAGCACAGGGCACAGAGGAGUUAUUUGAGAUGGCAAGCGAAGCAAAAAUUUUACAGCCAAUCGCACUAGUCGCCUCUGUUUAAUGUAGAAUCGACUAUGAACUUGACCUAUAAAACCAUCAUGCAAUUGUGUUACAAACCUGGUAAAAGAUUACCUAAUGCUCGGUGGGAAUGAACCUCAGUGUUUUACUUUCUUGGAUUGAACUGGACUAAGAGGUUGACUUGGACGGACAAGUCUUGUGGUUGCUCCAGGGGCAACUGGAGAUAACAGUAACUUUCCAACCCUGUUGGUGGCAGAGAUUAACCAGCCGUCAGGGUGGUGUUCUAUGGAGGGGCUAGCUUGCCACGGUGAAAGCCCCUGGAUAACGUUCCAAAAUUAAUUGAUGUAGUUGAUUAACUGUGCCCUCUCGUGGUGAGGAUAAAUUUUUAUUCACAUUGCAUUUCCUUUUUUUAGAAACUGGUAGCAUUAGAUGCAAGUGUACCACACAUUCUUGCCCUGGAGACCACGUCAAUGAAACAUGCACAACAGAUGGGCAGUGUUAUAAAAAGAUUGAAGUGGACAAUGAUGAUGAUGGUGUUGAGUUUAUCACUUAUGGCUGUUUGCCAUCAGAGGAGAAGGCACUUAUGCAGUGUAACACCCCAGAUCAUGUGCAUGCCAAACUACUUUCCGUGAAAUGUUGCAAAAAUGAAGACUUAUGUAAUGAAGAUUUACGUCCUGUUUUGCCUUCAACUGCACCUCCUACUACUGGUAAGAACUUUGUUUGAGUGUACAAAAAAUUCUCAGUCUGCUUUUGUAUAAAUACAAAAUAGCUUGCCAGCCAUCUUGUUAGAAGUCUCUUUUUUUUUUCGAGAAUGAAGGCUGAAUCUUUGCACACUUUUCUAUAAAUUACCUUAUGCAUUCUUUAGCAUGCACCAAGCACAUUAUUUCUGCUCAAUUGUUGAUUUUAUCGCAUGUAACUCAUUUGCCAUGGAGCAAGAAUCUGUGAAUAAAGAGCUCAUCCCUGAGAUGGCUGAUAUUAAUAGUCUUAUUAUUUAUGUGAACGAAAACUGUGACAUUUUGCCGCCAUCUUAGAGGGACAGGGUAGCCUAUAUGAAAAUACACAGAAAUCGAAGAUUUGACUCCUCUCCCCUCCCCUCCCCUCCCCUCCCCUCUACAGAACACUCAAACUAACCUUAUCUAUUAAUGUUAUCAUAAGGCAUAAGUUACAUGUACUAAUUUGAAGAAUAGAAUUCAACAUGCUUGAACUUGAACUGAGGGGAAAGUGCGACCAAUAUUCUAAUCUCUUAAGAUGCUUUAUUUCUAUAAAACCACUUGUACUUCUGCAGCACUAUCAAUAUCACAUGUAUAUUGUGCACAGAUAUCAAGUAUGCAUGGGUGAUAUAUAGAUUUGUCACAAAUUAAUUUAGUAAGAAUGACAGAAUGAGUUAUUGUAGGUGUAAAUGAUCUGACCCUGCAUUGUAAAUUAGUUUUCUCGAAUAGGUGUACAGUAGUCGGUAAUUAUGGUUUUGAUUUUCCGUGAUCACAUAGAUAUGAAACAAUAAAAACUGUGAUGACUGCAUCUCUUAGUUAUUUUAGUACUUAAGAACCAAGAAUGCAGCAAUGGCUCCCAAACUGAAUUUUGUUUACAAGUACAAUAUCACCCUUUGUGCUUCUGUCUCUUGUUUACAACAGCUCCAUCAAACUCCUAUUUUUACUGUUGUUGAUAUUUUGCUCUGAGUUGGGCUGUAUGACUCUCAAGAAAUGGUAUUUUAUUCUAGUAGUUCUGUAUUUGAACACAGAUGUGUAAACAGCAAGUAAAAAUUUAAAAGUCAGCCAGGUCAAGAAAAACUGAACUUGGAAAAAUGUGACAUAUGACAAACAAGAAAAUGACAAGUCUUUUUAAGAAUAAAGUUGUAAUUGAAGUAUUCAAACCCAAACUCGCAAUCAAUAUCAAAGGUGUUGACCCAAUGAGUCAUGAAAAAUCAAAGAUAUACAACACAAAAUCACUAUGGAUGAAUUUUCUUGUAAAAUGUACUUGUAUAAAAUGUAGCCAUACCAACAAAAAAAUGACUUAAGGCUUUCUUCAGUAAAAGCCGUUAAAAUAAGAGGUCAGCUAUGUUUCAAUCAUGUAUUUAAAGUGAGAAAUUAUGAGAUGAUGAACGAGACAGACAAGCCGUUACCUCCUACUCUUGCUCAGCACAGACUUCUCAAGACCAGUUAUGUAGGCUACUGUCCAUGAUUAUAUGUUUGUAAUCACCUUCAUGCUCUAUAAUUAAAGAUGGAAACUGUACUUUCUAAUGUGCACUGCAAAAUGUAUUCUGUAAGUGCUGUUCAGUGAUAUGGGAGUGGUUUUGUGUAAGAUUCAUUACUAAUGCAUCAGUAGUCAUAUAGAGAUACAGUGUUUAGGAAUGGUUGCAAGUCUUCUGAUUUAUAGUCAGAGAAUAUGUCUAAGCAAAUUUUAUUUCCUCUGCCUCUAUUGGGCAAAGACCUGCUCUAUGGGGAUGAGUACUAACUGGAAAACAUAGGUCCUAUGAGGGAGGGGUUCCCUCCCUCCCAGCUACCCAUAAAUCUAGCUUUCAUUUUGAUGAUUAGUGGAAUACAAUAAAAGUUUUGUUUUUCAAGUAAUUAUGAGUAACUACAUGCAUGUCUGUUUGACUUAGCUUCAUUUCUUUGCUUGUGUUUAGUUGAGCCUCUUCGUGAGGAAUCUGAAGGUGAUGCCAUCCAAACAUACAAAAUUCUUUUUAUCAGUGCUGGUGUUUGCGGGGUGAUAUUUAUAAUAUUUCUCACAUUCUUUUGUUAUCGGUGAGUAUUUCGUCCUAUUUUGUUUUAUUUUCUUCCUUAAAACUGGCAAUGACAGGAUUCUCUGUCAUUUCUUUCUAUUUAUUCAUAGAACUUUGCAAUGUACACAGUGGGAGGGGAUGAAAAAUGACCUCAAUCCUCAAGAACUAGAAAAGUGAAAGAACUGUGAGAUGGAGCCUACAGUUUUUAAUCCUUAUCCCUGAAGGCUGGAAUGUCUAAGGAUUUUGUAGAUGUCAGAAGAAAGGCAGCACAUUCUCAUUAGUUAUUUUAAAACCCCUAGCAUUGAUCUGAUGGUGGAUUUGAACGUGCUAUCUCUCUCUCAGCAGACUGGUGCUUUUAUAUGUACUAACUACGCAGUGAUCACCUUGCACUGUGGCAAAAAGUAAUGCAUUAAGAUUGGUUAUAUCUUGACUGAGUUGAUGGAGUCAAUUUACCACUUUAAAGCAGAAGUGUUUGGUCAGAGUUGAACAUUAGGACUUUCUCAAUUCAUGCCCACUCACUGUUUUUAUCAACUUCUGUUCACUUGCUAACCUGCCGUCAUUUUUCUUCAGUUGUUUCUCACAAGCACCACAGUCAUAUGAUUCUUUUCUACGUGAGACAUUUACCUAGAGUUAAGUAUUGAAAAACUGUUUUGGUCUUUUUUUGGUGACUUAAGGAAACGUUUUUGUAGGUUAAAGGCAUCACAGACACCACAUCCCUUUGACUUUGAGAAGUACGGCAGUCCAUAUAUGACGAAAGGAGAAACCCUCCAAGAUAUGCUGGACCAAAGCUCUGGAAGCGGUUCAGGAUUGCCUCUUCUGGUUAGUUAAAUAUCUGUAGUUAUGUCUGUUAAGUAAAUUUUCAUUUUGUGAAAUACUGAGACAAAUAGUACUCUGAAAAAAGUUCCAUCACCUAGUUAUCAUUUGGCUGAUCAGAGCAUAGCAUGUGUUGUUUGUCUACAAAUUCAAAAGUGAAAACUUCGUAAUUUUCAUAGUUGAAUAUGGUUGAGAAAGGUUAAUGUAGCCUGCUAGAUGGUUUCAUACAUACUUACAUACAUAACAGUCUACAAUGUACAUGUCAUAGUAAUAGUGCAGUGGACAUACCUUAACACGGUCACCAACAAUAAAAGAACAGGCUCAGCUUAGAAGGUCAAUGAAAAUAACAUAUCACAGGUAUUUUAAUUUUCUAAAUUUCGAAACAAGUGGCGGUAUUAACAGGGUGAAAUUAUAAACGAUUCUACUGUAAAUGGGAUUUUGAAACGUGGCUGUUGGCCGUAUAAACUAGUAACCACAUUAACGAGGGUUUCUGAUAAGAAAAUGCAUGCUCGUUUUACUGGACUGUAAAAAGGUGGCUGUUGUAAUGAGGUGACCGUUUUACCAAGGUGGCAGUAAGGUGGGGUUCCUCUGUAGAAGAAGAAGAUAUCAUGUGUGGCACACACAACAUUGAAUACCAGUAAGUGACUGUGUUCCAAGAAAAAUUGAAGGCAGCCCAGUUCUCUCGAGGGUGCCCAGCACAUGAUUUCUGUUAGAAAACUAAGAUUUUCUAGUCACCCUGAAGCAACUAUUAGGGUCCAGAGGCCGCUGAGUGCUGCUGCUGGAGCACAGCAGCCUUGCUCUUGCACUAAGAUGUUAGAGACUAAUGAGGCACUACUUGGUUAUAAAUUUUACUAGAUUAUCUGUGACAUUAAUUCUGCAUGCUGUUAGGUUUUUUAAAUUUUCAUUUAUUUAAAAAAAGCAAAAGCUAAAACAAAAGCGAAGAAAUGUAUCAAUGGAAAUAGCAGACAUUGGUUAUCAUGCCACAAGCAUGCUUCCAGGCUAUAACUCACAGUCUUGUAACAUGGUGUAAAAGUGUGAAAUGUUUUUUUUUAGGUUCAGAGAACCAUUGCUAAGCAAGUGACACUUAUAAGGAGUGUUGGUAAAGGACGGUAUGGUGAGGUGUGGCAGGCAAGAUGGAGAGGAGAGGAUGUAGCAGUCAAAAUAUUCCUUUCCCAUUGUGAAUCUUCAUGGCAGAGGGAAACAGAGAUUUACCAGACAGUUCUAUUGCGACAUGAAAGUGUUCUGGGUUUCAUAGCCUCAGAUAUAAUUGGAAGCAAUCAAGUGACGCAAAUGUACCUCAUAACAGAUUACCAUCCAUAUGGCUCUUUGUAUGACUUCUUACGAUGUCACGGGCUGAACAAGAAGACUAUGGUCAAGCUUGCAUUAUCGGCUUCUGCAGGAUUGACUCAUCUUCAUACAGAAAUCCAGGGAACCAAAGGAAAACCUCCAAUAGCACAUCGGGACAUUAAGAGCAAGAACAUUCUUGUCAAAGAGAACUUGACAUGUUGCAUAGCAGACUUUGGACUUGCUGUAAAAUACUCUUCCGAUACUGAAGAAAUUGACAUCAAACCUGACACAAGAGUGGGAACUAGAAGAUACAUGGCUCCGGAGGUGUUAGACAAUGCUUUGGAUUGUAGAAAUUUUGCGGCAUUUAAGAUGGCAGACAUUUACUCCUUUGGGCUGGUUCUGUGGGAGAUUGCCAGAAGAUGUUUCUCAGAUGGUAAGUUUCAUCUCCUUGCAUACAUGUACACCAUAAACUUUUUCCACCUUGGUUCAAUUAUAGUAGCCAUUGAUAAAAAAAAAUUGAUUAUGGCCACUCUGAGUUGAGACAGUAGUGACCUUUAGAUUUGACCAUGAAUAUGUGAUGAUGUACUAUACAAGUAGAACUUUGGAAUAAUUUCAAACCAGUUGCACUAUGCCCUCAGAACCUCGUUUCUGUCCUUGAUUGGAUUGAUAUGACAUCUGAUUUUGUAAAGCACACAAACUUUGUCUGAAAGCAUUUACUAAAACUCAGUCCCAAUACUUAUUGUUCAGUCUGAGGGUCUUUGGUAUGCAAUAUUACAGUUGUUUCUCUGAUGGUGAUGAUACCAUUGGCUGUUUGUCCAUUUCUUCUUUGAUGCAACCACUUCUUAAACUAUUGUUUCAUUGUUCCAGAAACUGGAAUGUGUGAAGAAUACCAAGUACCUUACUUUGAUAUGCUUCCGGGUGAUCCCUCUUUUGAUGAAGUGAGGAAAGUUGUGUUAACUGAAAAGAGGCGGCCAUCAAUACCAAAUAGAUGGCACAGAGAUGAGGUAAAAACAACAUUAAAUGCAGUUUAGUGAAAAGAAGUUUCUUUCAACAUGGAUGGUAACAUAAUACCAUCAACACAUUUUAAUGUGUCCUUGGCAAGAGUUUAUUUAUUUUUAUUUUCAUAGACAACUUAUUUUAGUAUCAAAGGAGUACUUGUCAUUUACUAAAUGCCUGUUCAACACAAAACUAAGCUCUUAAAAAGCUUGUUUAGUUAAACACUUUGAGAUUGUUUUGUUUACAAACGUUACCUUCUGAGUCUUGUCAACUUAGAAUAAUGAUUACUCAGGGCUCUAUCAGGGACCUGCUGUUUGUGUGAUAAGUAUUUGAGUAUCAUAAAUUACAACUUUGAUUAAUCAACAGACUCUUCAAACAAUGGCCAAGCUGAUGACAGAGUGUUGGGCGCAACAUCCAGCUGCUCGUUUGACAGCUUUAAGAGUGCAAAAGACAAUGAACAAACUCAAGAAGUCGAUGGAUUUUAUUGACCAACGAUAUGAGCUAGAUGAUGACAGCCCUCGUACCAGUGUUACAACAGCUUAGUAAGAUAGUGCUAACCGAUGAGUAAUGACUUCAUGCUGUUCGCAGUCAGGACAUCACAUGGUUCUACAUCAAGAUAUCCAAGUUUUGCAUGACAACUUGUUAAUCUGAUGUAUCAAGAACAUGCUGUGGUGCAUACACCUUCCCAUCUUCAGCAUCAGACAAGUCAUCCUUGUCUCUCUCAUGACAUUCCUUCAGUGUCAUACUGUUACAUAAAGGCAUGCUAAGAACAAUCAAAAUAUUGACAUUAGUUGUUGUUGUUGUUGCACUGUGAUUAUGAUGUACAAAUUUCAGCAGCAGUGGAUUCAAUAUGUUUUGAAGUAGGUUUUAGUUUAAGACAAAUUCUGAAAGACAAUUACUUUAAAAGGCAAAAACGAUGGUAAAGUAGAGGGGGGGGGUGGGGGACAGGACAAAAUACCCAGCAGUGUACCAGUGGGUGCUGUGUGCUAUUGAAAGUCCCAAUUACAGUGAUCAUUUUGAAGAAAAUCAAGGCUUUUCAAUGGUUAGAUGCUAAUUGAUUAAUGAUGAAACUAAGCCUUACUUGGAAUGCAUUGUGUGUAUAUUGAGUUCCUUAACCUCAAACAAGUAACUCUCAGCAGCUAAUUAAGAAAUUUGCAGUUUAGCUUCUCCUUGAAAUGCCUAGAAACAGAGAUUGUUUUGUUUUCCUUCAUCUUAGACGCAUUAAAUACCAUAAAAGUUAAGGAAAAUGAAGAAUUGUCAGUGUACAAUCUUAGAGCCUGCGAUGCAGUGUAUUUUAGGACUUGAACAGAAUAAUGCUUGGUGUUUCAUGUAAUAUAUCAAGCAUGAGACACAGUGUUUCAUCACCAGAAGAAACACCGAGAAGAGAGUUGAAAAUACAAUGCACAGUGGAGUAUUUUUGACGAACGUCAAGGUGUUUCAUCUGGUGAUGGAACACUGUGUCGAACGCUUAUAUUACUUCUCAAACGAAAUAAUUUUAAAAGGGGAAAUUAAGGAUGCCAAAAUGAGCAGUUUUUCAUCUGAUUUCCAAACACUCAUUAAACAUCAAUUUCCUUUGAAUUUUCUUUAUGAAUCAUUGAUGAGUUUGAGAAGUACAUCUUACUUCAUUUUCAUGAAACAGCAAAUAGCAAAGAGAUGAUAGGAAGAAACACAGCCCAACAGUAAUAUGAUGAUUAGGAAAGGUGCAGGGUGCGAAGAGAGCAUGCUGUAGCUAGCAUUUGAAUUCCCCCCACCCCCCCUUCCCCACCAAAGAAAAAAAAAUUGGCCUUCCUGUCGGUAGGUUAAGAAUAGAAUUCACUAGCCUGUAAGGAAAAUUCAAUACACAGCCCUGGGCUAUUACACUUGACUUUCUUUGUGUGCUGAAGGUGGGAUUCGGUUGGAAGGACUCAUCUCGCCUUCUCUUUAUGUUUUGUUUUGGAAGUCAACAUGGUGCUUAUGGUUACCUAGACUUAUUUCUAUUGCUCAUGCACCUAAAUAACACCCUACAUUGCAGGCUAUUAUUUACAUGUUUAAGAAAAGAAAAAAAAAAUAGAGUUAAAAAAGUUAAAAAAGAUUUUUCCCCUGUUGAUUGAAGGGGAAAGAUUACUUUGCUUUUUGAAAUUAUUUAUUUUUAGUAGCAUUUUUUUGGUGGAAGUGGUUUCAUUGCAUAUGACUGUAAAUAUAACGAGGUAAUUUUGACAAUUAUUUUUUCACUAUUGGAUGCCUUGUUGGUUUGGGAAAAGGGAUGUACAACUUCGGUUUCACUUUGUGAUCUAUUUUUAACGUUAAAUGAAAUACAAAGGGCAA